AUGUUUCACACCUUUGAGGGCUUCGAAAACCCGGCCGCCUCGACUCCCGCCCGCACAGGUCGGGAGCGGCAGCCCUCCAUCGGCCGUCGCGUCACCACCCUUCGUGCCUGUACCUCCUGCCGUCAUCGCAAGAUCAAAUGCGAUGGUGAAAAGCCCUGUGAAGCUUGUAGGUGGUAUAAAAAGGCCGAGCUUUGCCAUUAUUCGGACCCUCGUCCAUCUCGGAGCUUACCAGGCGCCUGGAACAGGCAUGUCGAGAAAUUGUCUACGACGCUAGACGAGUACCGGACCGUCCUAGAAAAGCUAUUUCCCGGCGCGACCCCUGAAGCCUUGGCUAAUUUACCACGCGAGAAGCUCCUUGAAACGCUGUCUCAACCUCAGGCGCAGGUUGCAAGCACUGGAGCACGCCAACCAUCACCCGCAACAUCCGCUUCUCACGAUGCACACGUCUCGCCAAUAUCGACAGAAGAUGGGAAUCUGGAGUCACUCCAGGCCAUGCCUGAAGAAUCCAACGAUCCGCGCAAUCUGAGCAGCGAGAUCGCGAACACGAUUUCUGACGAUGUCAACGCUUUGUCGCUUUCCACGAGAGGUCCCUCCUCAUAUCUCGGCGUCUCGUCUAUUAAUGCGGUGCUCAAAACGAUAGUGUGGCUGGAUCCCGGCUCUGCUUCGUAUUUCGCCAGUACGCCCCCAAGCGCUCGGCGUCGAGGUUCAGUGGCAGACCUAUCCUCAUCAGAUGGUCAACCAUGGGCUGCCCAUGAUCAACCAGGCACGCCUCCUCAGGUCCAUCUUCAAGUUCCCGAAUCGCAACUCCUAGAUGCCUACUUUACCUAUGUUCAACCUUUGACGCCGAUCUUGGACGAGCAGUCAUUCCGCGAAACAUACGCUGCAGGGCACCGCAAAGACGACCGGUGGGCGUACUUGGAUCUAGAGUCACUCGCGUCAUCUCACCUAGAAACUGUUCAGACUCUUGGGAUCCUUGGAGGUUGGUAUCUUCAUUACGUCGCGCAGCCCAACCUCGCCUAUUCCCUCAUGGGUGCCGCUCUUCGCAUGGCUGCCACCAUGGGCCUCCACCGAGAAUUUGCCGAGCAAUCCGAUACAUCUAAUAAGCAGAAGGCAGCACAACUUGACCUCAAGCGGCGCAUUUGGUGGACACUUUUCCUGAUGGAUUGCUGGGGUGGUGUGACUCUAGGGCGCCCAACUAUGGGCCGAUUUAGUCCCGCAAUUACAGUCAAGCUUCCUCAUUACAGGGAGUCGGGAAAUGUGCUCGAUAUUCUACCCCUUCUCGAGAAUGUUCGCUUUUGCAAGAUCAGCAACCAAAUACAAGAUGCGCUGGCUGUAUCUCCGUUGACAAAAUACAACGAAAUCCUCCACUUUGAUACGCAGCUCGUCGAGUGGUACAACAGCCUCCCAUAUAUUCUCAAAGACCAUGAACCAUGUCCUGAAUCUAUCGCGAACACCCGAGAAGUCACGAAAUGGCGGUAUCACGUUCAACGUAUCCUGCUCUACCGCCCUACUCUGUUGAGCUAUGCCAUGCGGCGUGUUCCGUAUAUUGCUCUAAGGUCGGAGGAGCGGACGGCGAUCGAAAGAUGCAGAGAGAUAGCCGAAACUGCCAUUAGGGAUAUCUCUGCUACCGCAAAGACGCCCCAAAUGUCAGGUUGGAACGCCGUGUGGUUCCUCUUCCAAAGCACAAUGGUCCCACUACUAGGACUAUUCAUCAACGACAACACAGUGACAGAUCCCCGAGCUACCACAGAGGCCUGCCAAGCACAGGUCCAAGACGCUUUACUCGUUUUUGCGCGGUUACAGCAAGCAAGUCCAACCGCUAGAAAAACCCUCGACGCAGUCUCCAGAAUUUUUGAGGCCAGUAAACGUGGCCCCAGUAUGGCUGCCGAAACAAACAGCAUCAACAGCUCUAACCUGUCCCCUACCUCCCUUCUCAUGGCACCUAAUAUCCUCCCAUCUCAGAGUGAUAUGGGGCGAAAUUUCAUGGUCACCCACGACAACGGUUUUACGGACCCAUUUCCUCCUUCGACCAUGGACGAUCCUAAUGGUCAGUAUCUAUGGGAUUUCCUCAGCUGGAGCGAUACAAAUCUUGUCCCGAUGGCGGAUAUGGAAAGCAUUAACGAUGGGAGCCUAAUUGGCUCCGAUGACAAGCACUUCAAGUAUUCAAAUACUGGCUUCUUCGGAAAUCAGUUAUCCGAACCACCUUUCUUCACCAGCCCGUCUAUCCCUUAUUACUCCUGA